AUGGACACUGGCCAACGCGUCUUUGAUUUGGGUGAAAUUACGAGUUGGACAUCGUAAGGGCUUGUCGGGUUCUCUCAAUUUUAAUUUUAUAAAAAAAUCAAAAUUUGAGACUUUUCAAAUUAUUCCGCAACGGUAAUAAUCCCUUCAAAACAAUGCGUUUUCUCAAAAUGUAAGAUUCAUUUUUUGGCUAAUGUUUUCAGAAUGUCAUCUAAAGUUUUCUGAGACUUUGAGACUUCAAAUUUUCAUCGUUCCCAAUUUUUAUCAAAUUUCCCUCAGUUUUCCCCUAUAAAAUCCACAAAUAUUAUCCUUCGCUCGUCAAAAAAACGCCCUCAAUAAACAGGACUUUGUUUAUGACGUUAUAUGCGGGUCGUUUCAUAUGGCAAAAAUAUCCUGUUCAGAUUUCCAAAAUAAAAUUUUCUUUUUUUCCGCUUCAACAGGCGCCUUUUCUCCCCGUUUUUUCUUACUAACCCGCACAACAUCGCCUCAAAAACCACCAGCUCCACAAACAGCUACAUCAUGGAGGAGGCAGGGGAGAGGGGGAUUUUUGUGUCGCCGCUUUCCAUCGGCUAAUAUGGUCAUUUCUUUUUCGUCUUGCGUUUUUUCGGAAGCUUUUGACCCAACCUUUCGGCGAAACAAAAACUAGUGCCAAAGUGUGAUUAAGCAGUGCGUGGGGGCUCUGAGAUUAAAAACCGCUUAAAAAAGGGCCAAGUCAGUCCUUUCACUGAAUACAUAAAAGCUAUUUUUUAUAUUGGAGGUCAACUUUUGACCCUUGUAAAAAAUUUUCAAGACUAAAAUCUUGACUUUAUCCAGAGAAAUUCUUUUGUAAUCAUAUUUUUUCGACCAUUGUCUGUUCUUUAGAAAAAUAACAGAAUGUCAAAGCAUCCUGCAUAUCGAAUCUAUUUCAUAGCCGUUCAGCCUUGUUUUACACAAUUAACAAUCGAAUUUUCUAACCUUUUGUUUACCAUUUUGCUUCUCGUACUUCCUUUGAAAAGGCCGCUGACAAUGUGAUGUUCAGCGGAAAUGAAUCACCCUUUAGUUUUUGUCCUCUCACCCGAAAAAUCACCCUGUACUUGGGAAUUAGACUUCAGGAUCUGGAAGUUUUUUGAUGAUUUUAUGAAAUUUUAUGUAAAUAAAUAUUGGGGAGGUUUUUUAUUAGGUUUUUGGUGGCUCUUAUCACUGCGGAAUGCUUGAUAAGGGCUUACGUUCUCUUUUUGAAUGCACGGAGACAUCGAAAUUGAGGAAAUUUCGUCUCGUCCCACAUGAAAAGCGAUACUUGAAGGGAGUCAUUCGUAUUUUUAGUUCAUUUUCACUACGCAGAACGUCAUGUAAAAGACUGCUUUCUCAAAGCGCGAUUUUUGGUCGCUCCAAGUUUUCGUUGCGGGACCAAGUUAUCUUAUUCAUGCCAGCCCAAACCCAUUAUUUUCCCAAAUUUCCAGAGGAAACAAAUUGAUCUCUCUUCUCUGCGCAACUCCUUACCUCAAGUCACACAUUCUCCGCCACUUGUCACGUCCCCUCAUGUGAUUUCCCUCCACCUUACUUUAGGUGGAAAUUACAUCAGGAACUUGUUUUUUUCUUGAUAAGAAUAGCCCAAUUGAUUGAUCCGGACAGAACGCAUGGGCCUGAUGUCAGUGGGUUUAUUUUUCGUUUCGGAACGUUCGAGUCCAGGAAAAAAGACGGGGAUCACGUCAAUCGGCUCUUUUCUUGAGAGCACAUGACUUCUGGGCCCGCUUUUCCCCUUUGAUUCGACGGGUUUAGACGGAUUAUCGAGUGGGUUUAGGCGUGGCGUUAACUUUUAUCUCAUACUCAUUACGUUUUUUUAAUAACGGUCCCAUUUUUUUCCGAUUUUCGGGCAUUGUAUAUUUUUUUAGGUACCAAUUUUUAAGAUAAUAGGUAUUACUCUUUAUUUUCUCGAAAUUUCCUAAAUGAUAAGCAUUAAAAAUAACCGCAAUGCCAUCUAAAAUCUUUAUUUAUGCAUAAGCCAUCUUAUUUUGCCAUGAAAUCAAGUGAAAAUCAAGUUUUACCAACGACUUACCUACUACAAUAUAAAAGUUCAUUCGAUUUUCAUGGAAAACAGUUCCUUUUAGGCUUGAAUCACGUUACUUUCCAGGUUAGCUAAUUUAAACGUGAAUUUACAACGACUUUCGCUUACUUUCGCAAUUUCUUCCGUUUUUUUAAACUCCCGACUUUCCCGUUGAUGUUUGGAUUUAUUAUCCCGAGUUGAGAAAUUACUCCCUAUGUUUACAUUGUCAAUAUUACUUUUUUAGUCUCCACAGUUGCGCCAGUUUCGAUGUUUUCGUCGCGAAUUUUAAAAAAAAUUUUGGGAUUCCUUUUCUGAUUUGUUUAUGUUCAGAUUCCACUUUCGACUUGAAUGAAUUUGACUGAUUCGGUGUAGAAAACGACCCGUCCAGCCACUGAUAACGGGUCGAACUGAUUCAAGUAAGUCGCUUCUGCUUUUUUUCUGCUUAUUUUAUAUUAUACUAGACGUCAGAUUUUUAAUCUCUAUGUAAAACGAGCCAUAGAUCGUAGGAGAAUUGAUGGCAGCAUAAUUUGUAACAUUUGGGAUUACUCAUACCUGUUUUUUGCACUUUUAUAAUAUGACCGCAAAAGGAGUGAUGCCCUUAUUUUUAUUUAUGAGGUUUCAGAUGACCAAAUCCUGCGAUUAGGUAACUAAGUUUGGGUUUCAUGGGUUACAACUCACUGGAAUACGGAUUUAGAAUCAAAAUGGGGGCGUUUCACAGUUAUUUUAUGGGUUAAGCCGAUAUUUUUCGUCUAAAGUAAUAUAAUUUUUGUUUCGAAAACAAGGAUUUACUGUUUUGUUCGCUUGGAGUCUUCUGUAUUUGGAUUCAUAAAGAAAUAAUUUUUGUUUUCAGAGAGCAUGGAGGAGAGAACACUGCCAGUGACCAGGCAGGACCUCACCGUCCAAAGCCGGACCCAUGGUCAUCAUCCCUCGGCCUCGAAUGCCUCGCAGAUCAGCACAUCCAGCUCUUCAAACACAGACGAGUCCGAGGAGAGUUAUUUGGACUCUCUGGAGGAAGGGCGAGCUCCGUUGUUGGGAGAGGAUGACGAUGAAGAAAGAAGGGGUCAUAGGUAUGGAGAUGAGAACGCAAUAAGGUCACAUCGCUUUCCCAAGGAGCGCUUCAAGACUGUCGUAAGUGAAUCGAACUUGUUUUGAUGUUUUUAGUUUAUUCUGAGGUUGAUUUUGAUUAACUUCGUCUAGUACACUGUAAUUUUGAACGUUUUCUUACCUAGAAAGACGUUUUUUGAUAGUUCCGUUGGUUGAAUUGGAUGAAUCACUUGUUUUCACGACUGAUUCAUUCGAUAUCCGAUAUAAACAUCAUCCAUUUCCCCUGUGAAUCACAAGUUAUGUCCAUUUUUUAUCGAAAAAGUUGGAAAAAAGCAUGAAUCAUGAUUUUUAAUAAAAUUACGGUGCAAUUUGUAACGGUAACAUAAUUUCAGCUAGCCUUGUUGCUCCUGUUCGUUGCGGGCUGCUCGAAUGACCUCGUUCUCUCCUACAUCCAUGACUUUGUCCCAGAAACUGACCCUCUUCCGGACGUCGUUUUCGCGCACACUCCCUACAAACCGGGCCUUCUAAAGGUCAGCGAAUAUCUGAUGUUGUCCUCGUUCGCCGGCAUGCUCUUGAUGACUCUGUUGCACAGACAUCGAUGGAUUGUUUUGAGGAGAAUCGCCACAAUCGGGUCGUUGCUGUACUUCGGGCGGUGUGUUACAAUGUUUGUUACUCAGGUCCCAGUCGCCGAUCAGAAUUACUACUGCUCGCCGAAGUUGUCGGUAAGUUGUUAUAAUUGGUUUUGAAAAAAAUGCCGGUGUUUGUGCGGGUUUUCAUUUUUUUGAUUUUUUGCACGGUGCAAGUUAUAAGUUUUUAUAUCGUGCACAGUGCAAAGACAUAAAAAAUCAGGACGGUUCAAUGGCUAAUCCCAUUUGUUUUCCAGGGCGAAAAUCGCACAAUUGGCGCCAUUGUACUUCGUGCCCUCAGGGUAUUAAGUGGAGUUGGGCUUUCAAUCAACGGGAAGCACACUUUGUGUGGAGAUUACAUCUACAGUGGGCAUACUGUAGUUUUUGUGACAUGCUACCUCUUUAUCCGCGAGUGUAAGUCAAGACUUUUGAGUAGUGAUCUGGGUACUAAGGAAGAGUUUUGGACAUCUCAUGGCCAUUUAUAUCGUUUUAGACAGUCCCCGACGAUGGAAACUGCUGCAUUACACAUCGGCGUUGGCUUCAACGGUUGGAGUGAUUUGUGUGGUGAUCUCACGCGGUCAUUACACCGUUGAUGUAAUCCUGGCCUACUGGAUCAGCACCCGGGUCUUCUGGCAAUAUCACACGAUGGCGGCCUUCUCUGUUCUAAGGGACGGUCGGAAUGAAAAUAAUCACUUGAUGAAGGUCAUCUGGUUCCCACUUUUCAAGUUCAUGGAACAAAAUGUACUAAGGCCUCUUCCGAGACAGUAAGUUUUGAGAUUUGAGUCAUUGAGGGGAAUUUGGAUAUUGUGUAUCUGGUGAAGAGAAAGUUGGAUUUCGAAGAUUUUUUCAAUUUUAGCGAUGAUCAAAAGGAAUAGAACUGAACACAAGUUUGGAUGCUUUGGAGUAUUUUUUAGUCAGCUAUUUCGAUUUUUUGCACUGUGCGAAAAUUUUUACUUUUUGCAUAGUGCAAUCUUGCAAAGAAGGAUUGGCAAAAAUGGGUUCUAAUGGUUUUCAAUUUUCAGAUAUGGUCUCCCCGCGCCACUCAAUAAGAUCAAACGUUUCCGUCUCCCCAAACCCAACGACCACUGA